AUGUCGUCCCCUCCCAAGCUCACACCCACCGAGCACUUCAACAAGGUUGCAGAAAAGUACGAGGCCAUUACUGGCGGAGCUACUCGUGAACUCGCCCAUCAUGCCAUCUCCUCCAUCGCGGCCCUAAAGCCGCUGACUUCAGAGUCCAACAUCCUCGACAACGCUUGCGGCACGGGCAUUGUCACUGACAUCAUCCUCAAAUCUGGGAUCAAGCCUGAAAUCCACGCCGUCGAUGUCGCGGAGAACAUGGUCAGCAUUGCUAGCAAUCGGUUCUCUUCUCAUCCAAACGUCCACACGGCCGUCAUUAGCGGCGAGGAACUUCUAUUUCCUGAUGAUACCUUCACACGCUCUAUUACAAACCUCGGCCUGAUGUACUUCACCGACGCGGCAAAGGGUGCAAGAGAGAUAGUGCGUACACUUAAGCCUGAUGGAGUAGCCGUUGUCACAGGCUGGACCGCGAUGGGACACAUCAAGAUUAUCCAGGAGGUCCAGGCGCAGAUCCGCCCCGAUGAAACGCCGUUCAAGCCGCCUGUUCCUGAGAUCUGGCUCGACCCUGAGCAUACCAAAGCCGUGCUAUCAAGUGCUGGGCUCGAAGUGACCAGCACUCCCAUUGACGUGCAUCUGGGCGGCGAGACGGCGGAUGCAGUCGCUGAUCUUCUGUUUCAUGGGUUCGGCUCCAAGGUAUUUCCUUCCUGGAGCGUGGAGGAACAGGCGAUGGGCGCUGAAGUUAUGAAAAAGAUUGUGCGGGAGCAGGUCGUUCCGUUCACUAGACCCUUUGGAUCUGGUGUUGGUAUCAGGGUAUCAGGAACUAUCUUUGUUGCGCGUAAGAGAUCUAGCCGUGGACUAGGUUCAUGA